GAGCGCAUGCGCAUACGGAGAAAAUUCUGGACAUGACAGAAUUCUAGGAAGCGUCUUCCGGCUGCUAGUUGCAAGGUCUGCAUAGCCUGUCAUUCAUUGUUAAAUCUUUGUUAAGCUCAUAUUAAUGUAAAUAAUAGCAAUGUCGGCACUCACACCUCACGUGUACUGGGCGCAGCGGCAUGGGGAGAUUUACCUGCGCGUGGAGAUCAGUGAUGCUCAGGAUCUCAGUAUUGGUGUAGAAGAGAACAUCCUCCAGUUUAGAGGUCAAGGGCACGGUGCUAAAGGAGAAAAUGAAUAUGAAUUCAGCUUGGAGUUCCUAAAACCUGUUAAACCUGAGGUAAAACACAAAUCCACUCAGCGGCAGGUGAAUAUCACGGUAAGGAAGCAGGAGGAAGUGUGGUGGAAUCGACUCACUAAGCAGGAGAAGAAGCCUCUGUUUUUGGCACCUGAUUUUGACCGCUGGUUGGAUGAGUCAGAUGCAGAAAUGGAGCUUAGAGAGAAGGAAGAGAAAAUAAACAAAGUCAGCUUUGAGUCAAGGGUUCGUAAGGACCCUUUUCUUGGCUUGAAAAAAGGGUUUCUCUUUAUGUACAACUUGGUCCAGUUUCUUGGCUAUUCUUGGAUCUUCGUCAACAUGACUGUACGUCUGUUCAUUCUUGGACAAGAUUCUUUCUACGACACAUUUCAUACCAUCGCUGAUGUGAUGUACUUCUGUCAGAUGCUGGCAAUAAUGGAGGUUAUUAAUCCCGCUGUGGGCUUGGUAAAGACUGGAGUCAUGCCAGCUUUCAUUCAGGUGAUGGGGAGAAACUUCAUCCUUUUUGUCAUAUUCGGUAGCUUAGAGGACAUGCAGAACAAGCCAGUGGUGUUCUUUGUGUUUUAUCUGUGGAGCACGAUUGAGAUAUUCAGGUAUCCCUUCUACAUGUUGGCCUGCAUUGACACUGAAUGGAAGUUGCUGACCUGGUUGAGAUACACUAUAUGGAUGCCGCUGUACCCUCUUGGAGUGCUGGCUGAAGCUGUGGCGGUGAUCCAGUCCAUCCCCAUUUUUGAUGAAACCAAACUCCUCAGUAUUCCUCUGCCUAAAGCCACUGGCCUCUCUCUCAGCUUCUCCUACAUCCUGCAGCUCUACCUGGUAGUCAUGUUCCUGGGCCUGUUCAUCAACUUCCGCCACCUCUUCAAGCAGAGGACCAGACGCUUUCGCACAAAAAAGAGGAAAGCCAACUGAGAGGAAAGAGCAAGCUUCAAUCUCCUCCUGCGUCUCUGAUUUCAUUUGUCGCCUUCAUUCUUUUUUUCCUACAUGUCCUCUUUUACAGUCAAGUCAUUACAGAGGGAAAAAAUGUUUUUAAACUCAACUCAAGUGCAUUUACUGUCACCACACUGAAGGACCAUGACCGAUUAUGAAACACUAGAGGGAGAAAUAUCAUAUAAUUUUAACCUGGACCAUGAAGGUAUUUGUAGAUUCUAUCAUCUCCUCUGUUUGCAGUUUUUGUGUUUGAUGUUGUAGAUUAGCUUACUCGACUGAAAACACAAGGGGCAUUUUAUCUCAUUCCCUGAAAUGUGUUGUAAUAGUCAUUUCAGUUGAAAACAACAAGACAGACCUCAGGGAAAACCUCACGGAAGAGGCAAUUCAGUGUCACUGGAUGUGGGAUAUGUACACGAAUGUAUAAAUGCAACGGUUUAAUUAAAUUUCAAUGAAACAAA